AUGGCUGCCGGACCAUCAUACGGGUCUUUUACGUUUCUAAAAGUCUUGAGUGGAAAACAAGCGGUUGAUAGUAGUCUUGAUGAGGAGCAUUGGGGUUUAGUAAAUUGGGCCCAAGAGGCUCUGAAAGGAGGUAGGCUAAAGCAAAUUGUUGAUCAUACCAUAACAGACAGAAUCUUGCCUAAAUGUUUGAGGGAGUUUGCACGGCUUGCAGAUAGGUGUUUGUGUAGCAAUCCGAAGCAAAGGCCUACAAUGGCCGAAGUUGUGGUCUGUCUUGAGUCUGUAUUAACCUUACAGGAGAAAGCUAAUUACACAUUGCACCCUCCAGGCAUGAAAAUAUUUGGUAAUAAGGUGCCAAUGUUUCUAUCUUCAUUCAGUGGGGAUAAUUCAGUUGGGAGUAAAAGAUCUUUGGAGUUAUACUUUGAUACUAUUGGAGGUGAAGACAGAAUAUUACGCAGGUUUGAGUUCCAGACUAUCGUUGUCGCAACUGAGAAUUUUUCUGAGACUAAUCUAAUUUCACCAUUGUUAUCUGGUGUCUACAUUUACAAGGGUAGGCUACAAAAUGGACAAGGAGUAUCAAUUGCCAGACAUAGUUCUGGAUCCAGAUCUGAAUAUUAUAAAAAUGAAGUGGCGUUGCUGGUAAAACUUGAGCAUGAGAAUUUGCUUAAGUUGGUUGGAUAUUCCAUCGAAGAAACAGAAGUAUUCCUUGUCUAUGAGUUUGCAGUCUAUGCACGUCUAGAUCGCUUGAUAGAUGAUCAUGAAUGUACUCUAUUGGACUGGAAUAAGCGCAACAAAAUAAUACUAGGUGUUGCUAGGGCACUUCUGUACCUUCACCAGCAUGGUUCCUUUCGGAUCAUACACAAUCAUGUCUAUCCUAAAAACAUUCUUUUAGAUGAAAGUUUGGACCCCAAACUGUCAUCUUUUGGGUUUGCAAGAUGUUUAUCAAUAAACGGGGCUGAUUGCAUCGAAGAGGAGAACAUACAUGGAUCUAUGGUAUUUAUUGCACCAGAAGUACAUCAGACUUUACUUCUGUCAACUAAGGCUGAUGUGUAUUGUUUUGGUGCUUUGAUCUCAGAAACUAUAUCUGGGUGUACAAGACACAAUUACAUGGUCAACCACACAGACAACGAUACCCUUACACAUUCUGUGUGGACUAAUUGGGUGAAAGGAACAUCUUCAAAUAUAAUUGAUCCUAGAAUCCAUGCCCAUUCAAGCUCCAUUACAAGAGUCAUCCACAUUGGGCUGUUGUGUGUUCAAGUAGAUCCAGCUGAUAGACCAACAAUGGAGGAAGUUGUUGGCAUGCUGACUAGCAAUUCAUCUCUCCCUCUCCCUUUACAAAAAAAAUCUUUGUCACCAUGGAUAAGAGAAAAGUCUUCAGAUGUCCCAAAAAUAUUACUGUCCGAUGACUACGAUUCUGGGGCAGUUGAGGACUUCCUAUCAGAGCUAUGCCCUCGAUAGUGUUUUGCAGGAAUUUAUAUAACUUUCAAAUUCCCUUAUUAAAACCAGUGGUAGAACUUUUCUUUAAGAAGUCAAUAGAUGCUCAAGAGUCAAGAUCAAAGAAACCAGAUCUUGUACUAUAAGUCUCUUAUUAUUAUUUUUUUUGUAGGUUAAGCAAAAGCCCA